AUGUCGUACAUAGAGAGGCAGACGACUCGUAUCACAGGCUAUGGACGAGAGGACCCAGAGCUCUCACGUACGCACAGUGCCCUUGGAGGGUCAGGAAAGAUUCCGAACGCAAAGAAACCGCGAUCGCGACCCCCGCAAAGCCUACGCGACAAGCUUGGCUUCCUCCAUGGACACCUUCCCGCGUCAUCGGGCCCUUACAGCGUCGGUUCGAUGGACAUUGAGGUUCCGGUACAGUCACCACGAUCGAUAUCCGACAUAAAACGCAACGGGAAGCAUAUACUCCGGCUAGAAACUGUUCUCUUUACAUUAUACUAUCCGGCUGCAUUUGGUUCAGGCAUGGGCAAAGCUCCGGGAGGGUACAAGAAAUGGUCGCGGGAAACUUGGCUUCCACGACCGCGCCCUGAGACGGCGAAAGGGUACGCGAAGUUCGCUGGAAUACCAGGUUGGUUAGGAGAGGCGGUUUUUGGGGCGACUACCGCUUUGACGAAGCUCCAAGCGUUCCGCAACACGCCGCCAGCCACACAUUGGCCCCCCGAAGGUAAUUCGAAGCGCAAUGGUCGCAAGAUCAAGAAUCAACAGGGGCAACCGCCAGAGGGAGCUUCAGACGAGCCUAGAUUCCCUCUAUUGAUGUUUAGCCAUGGUCUCGGCGGUACGCGGACGUGCUACUCUACUAUGUGCACCGAGUUCGCGAGCUACGGGUUCAUUGUCUGUGCCGUGGAACAUAGGGAUGGAUCUGGUCCGCGAUCGAUUAUAAAUCAUACAAUGGAGGGCGAAGGCAGUAUAGAACACCUGGAGAAACAGCACAACUUGGAGCACGCGGACGAGGAGCGAGAGCGGGGUUUUGACAAGGUUGUAAGUACUAUACCCACAUAUACAUCAACAAGGCUGCGACUGACGGCGCAGGACUACAUCUUCCCCAAAGGGAACCCUAAAGAUACCGCACCCAACAAUGAGAAGGGCGUCGACCGCGAACUUCGAAACGCUCAGAUCGAGCUGCGUAUGUGUGAGCUCGAAGAAGCUUAUCGCGUGCUUUGCGACAUAUGCGACGGCAAGGGAGAGGAAGUGGCGAGACAAAAUCUAAGGAAGAAGGGAUAUGUGGGUGCAAGUUCCCGAGGCUUGGACGGGGUGGACUGGGCGCGCUGGAAGGACCGUUUCCAUGUGGACAAGGUCAAUGUGGCAGGCCACUCGUUCGGCGCGGCUACCGUUGUCGAAGUACUUCGGAAUACGGAUCGCUUCAAAAACGUACAAGCAGGAAUUAUCUAUGACAUCUGGGGCGCACCGAUACGUCCGCCAGCGGAUGAUCCGGCGCAUCGUAUCCACUGGGAAGAGAACUUUGACGCCGUUAUGUCGCUCAUGCACGAGGCGAAGGACCAAGGAGCGCCAGCGGUCUUGUGCACAGUACGUGGUUCUGUUCACAUAAGUCAAUCGGACUUCUCCAUUCUGUAUAGUGGCAUCACAUCCUUUUUCUUUAAAGCCACUGUGAAUCCGCAGCGAGCUAUUGAUCUCAAUAUUAGCGCCUCGCUCGAAUUCCUGCGCGAAGUAACCUCCGGCGCCGGUAAAUCGAUUAUCACGCGCUGCCUCACGGACGAAGAACUUCUACACACGCAGCUGCUCGAGCAGAUACCCGAUGACCACAAACCGAACGACGAAUGGAUUGCUGCACGUCUCAAGAUAAAGCACGAAUUUCGAACACGGAUGGCAACUAAAGUGCAGAGAAAGAUGAAGAGACAGCUGAAGAAUGGUGCGCCUAAUGCGGGCGAUGAAGUGUGGAUGCAUGUGAAGCCGAACGCUGAAGAGCUCCGGGAGUGGCGGCUCGAAACCAAGGCUUCGUUUGGAGAUUACAAGGACGACAGCGAUACAGCCGUCGAGAAAGAAGCAGUAGAAGACAGAGAGCCAGAAGUUGAUGCUGGGGACUUAUUCGCACACGAAGAAGAGAGCGAUGGUGGAAAACUGGCAGAAGCAGGCCAUGUACCUACAGAUGAUGAGCAGGACACCUGGCUGGGUGCUCAUCCUGCCCUUAAGAAAGAUACCAUCUCAGAGGAAGAGCAACCUGCCAUCUCGCGGAGAUGA